UCUGAUGUCAUCACAAGCUAUUUAAAGAGGAGUAGCUCAGAAAUAGCAGUCAGUUUGCAUCUUGUUGCAUCAGCAGUAGUUAACAGCUAAAGCUUAGAGCUGGGUGUCCCAUACAAUUGUGUUGGAUUAAAGUAAACCUAAGUGGCAGUAAACAUGAGCACGGAUAUGUACAACUCACGCAUGGAGGUGGCAGUCUAUGAGCUGCACAAUUUUUCCAUCUCAUUUUUUUCUUCCCUUUUGGGUGCCGAUGUAGUGUCUGUAAAACUGGAUAACAGUGCAUCUGGAGCAAGUGUAGUGGCAAUAGACAAUAAGAUUGAGCAAGCUAUGGAUCUAGUAAAGAAUCAUCUAAUGUACGCUGUACGAGAGGAGGUGGAGGUCCUUAAAGAACAGAUAAAGGACCUUGUGGAGAAAAAUUCUCAGCUGGAGAAAGAGAAUUGUCUACUCAAGAAUCUGGCAAGCCCAGAACAGAUGAAGAAAUUCCAGUCCAGGCUGCCCUCUGAUGAGACAAAUGUCAGCAAAAAACUAGAUUUCCUGCACCCAUCACAACCACGCUCAGCUGGUUCUGCAGUUUAAGUGGCUCUGUCCUUGGAGUGGGCAGAGCCACGGAACUUUUCUACUUGUCUCCUUCGAUACAUGAGAAAAAAAUGUAUUUUUUUCCCCCUCUAUUUAAAGUGUCAUCUCAGCCUGGAGGGUCGUUAACUAGCCUCAACUGGCAUCAAGAGAUGUACCAGUGCUAGCAUGAGCUUCUUCAAAAGUUGUUCUUCAAGAGAAGAGCCGGAGAAGCCACAAUGGACUCUUAAAGAAGAGUACCAGCAAGCGAGAGCUUGAUCGCUUUGGAACCUGCAAUUCUUGGCAUCAUAAAAACAAGAACAUCAAAAACAGAUGCUGAAGAACACCAAAAUCUGCUCAAUACAGAUUCUUAGCUGCAGAGUACAAGCUGAUAAGAUGGUCUCUCCCUCUCUGUAGACAUGACUAUAAACGUUUCCACAAUGGAAAGCAGAGAGUUGUGACUGACCUCAAGAAAUAAGAGAUUGGUGAAGAACAGGCACUCUGAUCAGUUAGAGUAUAAUGCCUAGCUUUGUGUGUAUCAACAGUUUAAAAUGGAGUUCUAGAUUUGACUAACAUUUGCCACCACAAAAGAUUGGUGGCAUGUUCAUAUGACCACAUGUAAGAGGGCUCCUUAGCUUAGUUUUACAGUUAAUGUUCAGUGUUGGUUAAGCAUGUCCAGGAUAUCCUAUGGCUACCUUGGAAGGUGAAAGAUGGACAAUGUAUAUUUCUGUCUUUUUAUAUGUUUAAAAUAGAAUCUUUUUUUUUUGUAUGGUUUUCGUCUCUCCAAGCCGAAGCAUAUCGGCUGACACAAUGGGCGUCUGAAAGUACUUACACAAGACACUUUAAAUCCGGGAAAACUAAUGGACUCUGGACUUUUUAUGCUGCAAUAUUAAUGACUUCAGGGUUUCUGAUCCUCAUGCUUGCCUUACAAGGCUUGUUGGAAUUUAUUAUUUUUCUCUAAUUUUACUGUUAGAAAGAUAUCUACUGCAUUGUACAGUACAUGAUGGAAACUGCAAUAAAACUUUUUUUAUAUAAAGAA